ACCUGCAAUAUUAGGUAACAUAUUUUUUUAUCAAGCAUUAAUAAUUAAGGAAAAAUAAAACAUUUUUUUUUCAAUCAUUCAAAAAAUCUCCGCUUUGGGCAAGACUCGAACUUGCAAUUAUUUGGAACAUCGGUCCAAUCCGCCUCCACUCUACCAUCCACACCAUUUCAUUUCCAUUUUUUUUAUAUUUAAAAAUUUGGGUAGUUUCAUUUCUUACACCUAUACUUUAUUAACUUAACUAUUUCUAUAUACAUAUAGAAUAGACCACUUAACUGUUGGGCAGGCGUACAGCGGAGGCAUAAUAGUAUCCCUUCGACACCCUUAUGUUUGCCUAAAAAUCAAUCUUUUAUUAAUACCAAUUUUUUAAUAAUUUCCUUCCAGGCUAUAGACGCAUGAAAUACGAGGGAGCCGACCUUAUCCUUGCAAAAGCUGGAGAGACCAUAGAUGUGGUUUGCGAUAAAGAUGUGCCUCUAAUCCGGUGCGGCUUUUCGCACCCUAACGGAACUAAAGUCUUAUUUGUCGACGUCGUGCCGGGCACGCCAUCAUGCAAAUUCACCACCAAUGCCACUACCUCAGAAAUAGGAAUCUGGACCUGUCAUCUAUGGACACCAACGGCACCUGAAGAAGAAAUUACAAAAACAGUCGAAGUGAGGGUAGCUCACAAAUUUGCCGCGCUAGACAAAGAGGUUGGGGUGAAGAAGGGGGAUAGAGUGACAUUGUCAUGCGUCAGUUCGGAGGGAAUGAUUCCGUUGAAUGAGUGUUACUUUACAUCGCCAGAGCAGCGAAGGAUUCAUAUGGAUGAUAAAAUUACUGAGGAAAACCUCGACUUCAAAAAGUUCUUCUACCCCCCAAACCUGAGCGUCCAUCGUGGCGACUGCAGCAUCACACUCCAGUCUACCGAACUAACUGAUCAAGGCAUCUGGGCUUGUACGGGUUGGCUGGAGUUUGAGAACCGGGCGUAUACCGACUACAUACAUUUGAGCGUGCUUGAUGUUGCAGAAGCUACAAGUAUAGAUACCAGAGCGUUCAGCGUCAGCAUCGCAACCUUCAUAGGCGUCACUGUCGCCCUCCUUGUAUUCUUAGCCCUUAUCUGUUGGAAAGAGAGGUAUUAUACUCGUUUCUACGGGAAGAAGUGGGAUGACGAGAGCCUUGAAAGCUUCGGAAUGACAACUGACACGUCACAGAUCUUGAUUAGAGAGACUAAGUGAAACGAAUCAGAAUUUAUUAAUGUAUACAUUUAUGUACCUCAUCAAAUCAUGUU